ACGAACAAUGGCAGGAUGUUUCGAUCUUGGGACCGAGUUCGAGGGAAGGGUGGAAGAAAACACAACGCACCACGGGCCUGAAGCCUGAAGAAUCAGGUGGAUGAAGCAAAGGCCGUGAGCUCCGAAGCCUUCCGUAAGGGUAUAAAUACAAGCGGAUUAAACCGAACCCGAAGUCAUUGCGGAACGAACCCUUGCGAACGAACCGUCUCAAACUCGUCUGCUGGAAAGAUCCUGAAAAGCGACCAGCCCGUGAAUGUGUGCACAGUACUAGCUGAUCGGUGUUUGUUUGUGCCUUGCGUCAGUGUGAAGCAUUCAGUGUUUUGAAGAACUCCCGUGACGAAACGAUUUAGCGAACAGAUCGUGUUAAAAAAUGACAAGUGAAUUUGGCCGACACGCUCCCUUCUACUACUACGGCCACGAACCCGCAUGCGGCAGUGUAAACGUCAAAAUGGAACAGCUCGAAGUGCCAUCAUCCUUAGCCGAGUCGAGCUACCUUAACUCGAACUACUCGUACGCAUCCAACACCGUCACCACCACCUCCGCCAACAACACCAACCUUGUGGCCCAAUCGGCUGCACCCAAUGUGGUGAUACUGCCCGGCUUUAUGGACAACUAUCCGGACAGCUGGAUGACCCCGAGCCCCUCAAGCUUUGGGUCGGAAAGCCCCGACUACUACUCGCUUGCCAACUCCCCCCAGCGUAGCUUCGUAGAUGUGGAAGAGUACAAAGAAAACCUGAUGGCCAUGCAGCAGCAGAAACCCUCCCAGCUGCCGUCACUACUUCCCUCCGCCACACUUCCACUCUCGCCACCACCACCACCACCACUCGCCACCGUACAAUCGGUACACCCUGCCAGCAAUGGUUGCAGUACAUCACCUUCCAUCACUAACCUGCCGGUGAAAAAGCGCCAGUACAACCGGAAACCAAAAGCGAAACCGGAACCACCGAGCGGUGCCGAAACGGAUGCCACCUCCCGUGCCGACCUGUCCUGUCUCACUUUCCCGAAGAGUCUGUUCCCCAGGGCGGCAGACCCGAACAACGUGCACACCGAAGGCACCACCGGCGCUGUCGGUGUGAUCGGCAAGCGGAAGCGCAAACAGGUCCCACCCCAGAUCAAGAAGAAGCGCCGGCUGGCGGCAAACGCACGCGAACGGAAGCGGAUGCAGAACCUGAACGAUGCGUUCGAUCGGCUGCGCCAGUAUCUGCCCUCGCUCGGGAACGAUCGGCAGCUGUCCAAGCACGAGACGCUCCAGAUGGCACAGACCUACAUUACGGCGUUGUGUGAUCUGUUGCAGUAGUAGCCGCGCUCGUUGCUUUUGGGGCGAAGGUUCUGGGAGGCUGCAUGCCCCCUUUGUACAGUCCACGGGGUGUGUUUGAAGCCUGCGGAGAAACGUAUACAGCGAACAAAACCUAAAACGAGGCUACAUUUUCUUCCCCUUGCCUGCCCGAAAGCUCGCUUUCGGGGAGCUUUCUUUGGGAUAUUCUGUGGGAUGACGCACUGGGUGAAUGAUGCACCGGCAAUAGCAAUAAGGUUAAGUUUGAAGUGUAAAAAACAA